CACCCACUGACACUCUGCAGAAGCUCUAUCUGGGGAUGAAGGCAAAAGCUCCUGGCGGACAAAGGGCUUGUGAUAUCACUGUGAUUUUGUUUCAUUUGCAACUGGAGACUAAAUGACACCAAGCAGAAUCUGCUGUUAGGUUAGAUUACAAGGAUCCAUUCUGAGACGCACAAAAGCAUGGAGGCUACAUCAUUAGUCUAUUAUUUCCUUCUUGUCUCUCUGUGCAUUGAUUUUUCUCAAAAUGAAACCAGCGCAGUUGCCAGGAGGCCCAGGAGAAGAAUGCGCUCCAGAGGACAGAUGAGGAGCUCCCCGGCAGGCCACAGGUCCCCAAGACAGUUGAGGACGGAGCUUCCAGCUCCUGUUGCCGUAGUCCCCAGCAUCCCUCUGAUUAAUAUCGACGACAGUGUCAUGGGAGUGUUUGACUCUCUCAUAGGUUUGGGUGGACAUGAAUCCAGUUACAGUGUCUUACCAGGAAAGAAGGGACACUGCACAGCUAACGGGAUGAUUAUGUAUGAUAAAGCCGUUUGGUCUCCCCAGCCCUGCAUUACCUGUCUCUGUUCAAAAGGAGAAGUGAUAUGUGACACAACCAUGUGCCAUCCUCUGAAAUGUCCCAAAACUAUUAUACCUGCAGGAGAAUGCUGCCCAGUUUGUUCUGAUACUGCAUCCAGUUUGGAUCCAAGUAUUAUCUCACUGGAUGACAUAAGUGAGUUUUCUGGUGAUUCUCCAGAACCCAAUGACCUCGACAACGCCAAAGUAUUGUCAUCAGCGCGUCCUCAAACUGAAAAAGAUGAACUGCUUAGAACAGAAGUGGUAGAGCUUAAAGACAAAGAGGGUCACAAAAAAGGUGAAAAGAAAAGAAAAAGGAAAGGCAAAAAAAAUCGACAUAAGGAUAAAGGCCGUCGCAGAGAGAAGCGGCCUGUCACAAGAAAAGAAGCUGCAGAAGAUGACGUACAAUAUGAAAGUGAUGAAGAUGAUGGUACUUUCAGAAUGCCAUCUCAUUUCCCAAUUCCUGUUCCACCCAUAGAAGCUCCUCCUCUGCCAGCUGCUUGUUCUGCCUCGGACACCACAGUGAGCUGCAUUAACGCCAAACUUACACAAAUCCCACCAAUCUCGGAUCCAGAUCUAACAAGUCUAGACCUCACAGGAAAUAGUAUCACUACUAUCUCAGAUGAGGCAUUCAAUGGAAUACCUAAUCUGGAAUGGAUUGAUCUGAGUAAAAAUAAUAUCACCUCUCCUGGCAUAGGUCCCAAAGCAUUCAAAGUCCUGAAAAAGCUAAAACGUCUGUAUUUGGAUGGAAAUAUGCUGGUUCAUAUUCCCUCUGGACUGCCAUCAACGUUGGAAGAAAUAAAAAUAAAUGACAACCACCUUCAUGCCAUUGAUGAAGAUGGCUUACAAGAUUUAAAAAACUUGGUCACUCUGGAAUUAGAAGGCAAUAAACUUAGUGAAGCGAAUGUCAGCCCUUUGGCCUUUUAUCCUUUGAAAAGUCUCUCCUAUUUGCGACUGGGAAGAAAUAAAUUUAGAAUUAUCCCACAAGGUCUUCCUGCUACUCUUGAGGAGUUAUACCUUGAAAAUAAUCAAAUUGAAGAAGUGUCAGAAAUUUGCUUUAACCAUACAAGAAACAUAAAUGUCAUUGUGCUAAAGCAUAACAAAUUAGAAGAGCACAGAAUAGCACCUUUGGCUUGGAUAAACCAAGAGAACUUGGAAUCAAUCGAUCUCUCUUAUAACAAGUUAUAUCACGUUCCGUCCUAUCUGCCAAAAUCUUUACUACAUCUGAUACUUAUAGGAAAUCAGAUUGAAAGAAUCCCAGGAUAUGUGUUUGGUCACAUGAAGCCAGGGCUGGAGUAUCUCUACCUGUCCUUUAACAAACUUACUGAUGAUGGAAUAGAUCCAGUAUCAUUUUUUGGAGCAUAUCACUCUCUGAGAGAGCUGUUUUUGGAUCACAAUGAAUUGAAGUCUGUACCAUUUGGAAUUGAUGAAAUGAGAAAACUACGUUUUCUAAGACUGAACAAUAAUAAAAUAAGGACGGUCCCUCCAGAGCGCAUCUGCAGGACUCAUACCAGUGAUGAUGAUGUUCAUGACCACAGCGAAGAGGAGGAGAACGUAGAGUCACGCUUGGAACAUGUUCAUCUUGAAAACAACUACAUCAAUACAAGACAGCUAUCACCACACGCAUUUUCAUGCAUAAGAUCAUAUUGCAGCGUUGUUCUUAAACCACAGAAGAUCAAAUGAACACCCACAACUUCUGCAUUGCAAUCCCUAUCUCUAGAAAAACAGCUUUAUUUAUUCUCUGCUACUAACAGGUCUGCUUAUUUCUCAGUUAAACCCUUCUUGCUACUAUAAAUAAGAUACAGUAUGCUAUUUACUGAGUAAGGUAGUGUAUUUUUCAAUAGUGUUUCAUUAUAAAAGCAUUAAAUGUAAAAAUAGAAGCUCAAGAUUACGUCACAGAUUUUUAUUUCUAUUGAUAGAAAUUCUGCUUCAAGACAACAGACCAAACUGUGUCUCCAGAUACAGCUGCAUUAAAUCAGAUUUUAGAAAAGAACAGAACUAAACCCUCAACUUUGUCCUGCCUUAUUUGAUCAAUUGAAUUUAAAACAUUUUAAAUGUUACAAAUAAAAGUCCUUCUGCUAUGAACAUUCUAACAGUGCAAGAAUCAAGUUUCUUAAAACAUCCAUGGUCCUACGAAGCUUUUUGCAGUGAUAUGUUUUCCUCUAAAUGAAAGUUCAUGGAAAAAACGUUAAAUUGUUUGUUUUAGAGAGAUGAGUCUGAAUACUCAUCCAAUACUGUGUUUGAAUAGAGGGAGCUAGAGGAAUGAACAAUUAAUUUCUAUACAGAUGCGCUUAAAAAAAAGAAGCAAAAAACUGAAAUUUUGUUUUUUUCUUCAGAGAGUGACAGGUCUCACUCAUUUGCACAAUAGUUAGUUUGCUAGCUUUUAUACUGCAUAGAAUCAGGAUCAUAUUGCCCAUUUAGGGGACUAAUUAGACUUUGUCAAAAUAAUCAGUUAGUGGUUAUUUGAAAGCUUCUAGAUAGUCAUAAAUCACCACUUGAGAGACAAUGUUGAUAAAGCAGUUUCAGUAAUACGUUUGAUGCGAAUGUCUGCUUAGGUAUACAGUAAGUAUAAAUUAAGUGUUUAAAAACAGAUCACUGUUUCCCUAGAAAGGAGUUCAGACUUUUUAAUAUAUCAGCAUUUUAAUAUACUGCUCCAGAUUUUAAUAUUGUAUUCUUUCUUUAAAGUGGCAGAUCAUAGACAGCAUAUUCGAACACUAAAGUUUAGUUUCCUCUGAAGCUUUCCCAUUGUCAUAAAAACAAACCCACAUUGUUCUGUCUCUAAGCUGACUCUUACUCAGAUAAACCUGCAAGACAUAAUGGUACUUCAUCUCCAGUGAGUCAAAAUAUAAUUUACUGUAAGAAACAAUCCUAAGAUAUGUGAAUAUCUGUAAGAAGAUUGCUUUGGAUAUUUGGUUUGGAUAAGUAUGGUUGGAAGUCAUGCUGCAGUGAUUUGUUAGGUUCGGUAAAGAACAGAAAAAUCAACAGGCUGAGUUCUUACAUACUAUGUUCUGUUUUGGGUAAUUUGAUUUCAUUGCUUUUGUGCUUUCAACAUUUGAUUCCUUCCUUCCUUCCUUCCUUUUGACUUUGGCUAAUACUUUGGCUAACAUUUCAAUGUCAAACACCAUUAAGUUUCCAAACUACUGUUUUGAGAGACUAAACAAACUAAAUUAUUAGAAUGAAUGCUUUCAGUCUAUUGCUAAAUAGCAUCAGACUCUGCAGCACUGCUGAGCAGUGCUUUCUGAAACUUUACUGAGCUUUUUUUAAUGCACAGAUUGACCCAAGGAGGGAUUUCCAGAUAAACAAGCUGCUGUAUUACACCAUUUUAUGCAUUCUUAUAAUAAAUUCUAGCAAAACACGA